AUGGGAGGACAGGGCGCCUUGCUCCGGAGCUAUCAGCCGGCUGUCUGCAUCCGCAAGACCGGCUCAAAAGAGGAGCAGAAGCCAGAUUAUUCAAAUUAUUUCACAGACUGUCCUCUUCACCAGUGUGGAAACACCCAUCUGGCUUACCGUGAGGUUCCCAGCUCACCGGAGACAGAGGCAGGGAGCCGGCCGCCCAAGCUGCAGAUAACCCGGGUAGAGCGGCCGCCGCCCCGCUCCGCCUGGAAACGAGAGAAAAGACUGACCGUGCUGAGUGGAGACGCACCUGCUCCCUCCACCUCGCCCUCCUUCCAGGUAACCACCCAGGUCUCCCCGGGGGGAGGUGGCUCCAGCAGCCGGUUCAGCCCUGGCUUCCCCGAGGACACUCCUUCUCGCCACUCUCUCUGGAUGGAUACCCCCGAGCUGGGCCGUGAGGCCGGCAGGGGGACAGGUGGCCUCAGGGCCCCCCUGGUGCUGCUUGGGCUCUGGGCACUCCUGGCUUCGGUCCAGGGCUCUCAGGACCGUCCCUCCUGGCGCUAUGUGUCCUCCGAGGUGGUGAUUCCUCGGAAGGAGACGCACCGUGGCAAAGGCUUCCAGGUGCCCGGCCGGCUCACCUACAGCCUGCGGUUUGGGGGCCAGAGGCACGUCAUCCAUCUGCGGCCCAAGAAACUUCUUAUGCCCAGACAUCUGCUGGUGACGACCCAGGAUGACCAAGGAGCCUUGCAGAUGGACUACCCCUACAUCCCUGCAGACUGUCACUACCUCGGCUACCUGGAGGAGAUUCCUCUGUCCAUGGUCACUGUUGACACGUGCUAUGGGGGCCUGGACGGAGUCAUGAAGCUGGAUGACCUUGCCUAUGAGAUCAAGCCCCUCAAGGACUCCCGCAGCUUCGAACAUGUCGUUUCCCAGAUAGUGGCCGACCACAACGUGAUAGGACCUACGUACAAACUGGGACACAAGGAGGAUGCAGACACCCUGUUCUCCGAGGUGAACCCCAGUGCGGCUCCCAGGAACUCUAUUAUGAAAUUCGCUUCACAUUGGUCAAACCUCAGAGGCCAAGGUCAAGUUACCAAAUCCAUGUAUGGUGUAUUCGCGAAUUUCUCAGCUUGUAUCCAGUUUAUAGUAAGAAUGUUCAGUGUAACUGACACCCUCCUUCAUGGUCUUCAUUCAAGUUUCCUUAUUCUUCUUGUAACCAUAUAUACCCAGAAUGACCCAGCUCCCCUGAAUGACUACAGGGUUCCAGGAAGUGCAAUGUUUACCUAUUAUCAACAAAACUUUUUGCUGAACAGGAUUAUUGUAGCAUCUGUACUGCUCAUUAAAGACGGGCCAACUGAUGAUCAGGUUGAGCCGGAAGCAAAGGGCAUGUGCCUCGGUUUUAACCUGCACCAUGUUGGUUAUCUAGGUAGACAUUAUUUGAUGCUAGCUAUCCUAAUCAACAAUCGCCUUAUGAGGAAUUAUGGUAUGUCUUACGAUGAACCACAGUGCUAUUGCCUCAGGAGAACUCAGUGCAUAAUGUGGAAAUUCCCUGAGCUGACAGAUGCCUACAGCAACUGCUCCAUUCUGCAUUUCCAAAACGUAGCUAUAGGAGGCCUUGGGGAUUGUCUUUUCUACUUACCUACAAGCUCUCUAAAUAGAAGCCUGGUGGAGGCUCGUUGUGGCAACUCCCUAGUGGACGAAGGGGAGCAGUGUGACUGUGGCUCCCUGAAGCAGUGCUACAGCAGUGAGUGCUGCAAGAGCGACUGCAAGCUGACACCCCAGAGCAAUUGCCAUACGGGAUCAUGCUGCACUAACUGCACCUUCUCCGCUCCCGGGACUCUCUGUAGACCCAUCCAGAAUAUAUGUGAUCUUCCAGAGUAUUGUACCGGGUUCACCACAAGCUGCCCCCCAAACACUUACAUGCAAGACGGAACCCCAUGCACCCAAGAAGGCUACUGCUACUCAGCCAACUGCACUGACCCCAGCAUGCACUGCAAGGAAAUCUUUGGUCCCAAUGCGGAGAACGCUAACCAGGUCUGCUACAGCCUGAACCAGGCACACACCCGAUUUGGACACUGUAGCAGAGCACCCCAUCUGCCGUAUUUCCAUGCUUGUUCUAAAGAGGACAAGCACUGUGGGCGGCUGCAGUGCACCAAUGUCACCCACCUUCCCAGACUUCAGGAACACAUUUCCCUCCAUCAAUCCAUCAUAUCAGGCUUCCCCUGCUUUGGGCUGGACGAGCACCGAUCGACGGGUGUCGUAGAUGUUGGGCGCGUGAGGAACGGCACUCCCUGUAGUCCUGGAAAGUUCUGUCUGAACUAUCGCUGCAAAGGGACCGUGGAAAACCUGAAUUACGACUGUGGCCCCGAGAAGUGCAGUCGCCGAGGUGUUUGCAACAACAAGAAGAACUGCCACUGCCACCUAGGCUGGGACCCUCCACUCUGCCUGAAAGCAGGUUCCGGGGGGAGUGUAGACAGCGGAGCCCCUCCAAAGAGAAUGCGGUUAGUGAUACAAAGUGAGGAAUCGGUGCUCUAUUUGAGACUGGUCUUUGCUCGUAUUUAUGCCUUGAUAGCGGCACUGCUCUUUGGGGUGGCCACAAACGUACGAGUUAUUAAGAUGACCAAAGCUGAGGAUAAGACGUAUCCUGGGCCCACAGGACAAUAG